AUGGUAGAAUGGGCGAGAACGACCGCGAAAAAUCUUGGUGUAAAGUUGGUGAGCCGUAGUAGCCCUUCAAAUAAAGCAUAUCUUACUUGUGAUCUAUUUGGGGCGAAGAGACCAAGUAAAACGGACACAAAUGUGCCAAAGAAGAGAUGGUCGGGCACAAAGAAAAUUAAUUGUAAAUUUUACUUGGUGGGAGAGCAACAUUACGGGGAUAGAUGGGGAAUUAGAAUAUUAUAUGGGAAGCAUAAUCAUGAUCCCGUACAUUUGUUUGGGCAUGCGUCUACGAAAAUGACUGAAGAGGAGGUGGAAAUUACUCGGAUGCUGGCAAAAAGUCAUGUGCCGCCGAAGAAAAUUUUAAUACAUUUGAAAGAGAAGAACUUGGCACAAGAUGUGCAUUUGAAACAAAUAUACAAUGAAAAGGCGAAAAUGAAAAAGGAGGCUAGAGGCGGGCAUACAAUUAUGCCAUAUUUGGUUGGGUUGCUUGAGGAACAUAAGUAUUAUAAGUGGAUCCGCACUAAUCCAACUACGCAUGAAGUUAUUGAUCUGAUGUGGGCUCACCCUCAGUCGGUCGAAAUGUUGAGACCGUUUCCAUACGUUCUGUUGUUUGACUGUACGUACAAAACAAAUAUGUACAAAAUGCCUUUGUUGGAGAUUAUUGGUGUUUGCUCUGAGGGUCUGAAUUUUACUGUUGCAGUGGCAUUUAUGCGCCAUGAAAAUGAAGAGCAUUAUACAUGGGCGUUGAACAAUUUGAGAAAGCUAUACCUCCCAAACAAUGUACCGGGGGUCGUUGUGACUGAUAGGGAAUUGGGGCUGAUAAAGGGGAAUGUGGGUCGUCGUGCUGCACAAUGCUUCGGUAAUAGUAAAUCUCGAGGAAUUACCUUCGUUCGUGAGGUUUGGCAAAGAGUUGUAACUUCACUAUCUGUUGCACAAUACGAAAGUAACCUUGCGGCGAUGGUUGAUGAGUACAGAAACAAUCCGGAUCUACUCGAGUACCUAGAAACGACCUGGCUCAUUUACAAAGAUAGGUUUGUUCGUGCAUGGACAGAUCGUGUAUUCCACCUCGGCAAUACCUCGACAAAUAGGGUUGAGAGCGGUCAUAAAGCAGUAAAGGAUUGGUUGUCGUCGUCCACCGGUGGAUUUGACACCUUUUGGGCACAAUAUCACUCACAGAUGAUCAUUCAACUUAAUCAGGUUCUGAAAACAUUUGGCAAAUCAAGGAGGAUCCGAGCGAAGACUAUCAAUGUACCCAUUUUUAGGAUUUUAUCUUCCGGAAUCGUCACGCAUGAGGCCCUUAAACUUUUGGACCUUGAGCGUGAAAAAAAUGUCGAGAAUUGCAAUUGUUACUUGAAGAACACUCACGGUCUCCCAUGCAAACAUGACAUUGAUCUUAAAGAGAGUAGACGUGGUGGUGUGUUUUAUGCAGAAGAUGUCCAUAAAUUUUGGAGGACCAUGAUUUUGUUGGAUGGCAAUCAAGCAGAGAGUGUCGAUUCAGUCCCCGAUCAUAGGACACAAGCACUUGGAAGAUUAGAAGGAUUGGUUGAUGAAUUGCGUCAACGUACUGACGUUGAGAUUAAUGAUGUGGCGGACAUAGUUUUUGAAAGGAUACACCCCGGAGAGACGGAAUUAAAUGAGCCGUCAGUACAACGACCAAGAGGCAGACCAAGGAACAACUCCACACAGAGAGAAUUGUCAGCGUGGGAACCUCGACCACGAGGUAGUAGAGGCCGGCGAGGCAGUAGAGGUCGUGGUCCACCUUCUGAUUCAUCUAGCAGAAAUCGUAGUCGAGGCCAUUCAUCUACUGUAAGUGGGCCCGAACCGGAACGCAUUGUCCAACCUGAGUUUAUUCGGAAUCUACAUUUUGCACUUGUACCCGAUGUUGUGACGUGGAAGAACGUGUUAGGCGAUGGUAACUGCGGAUACCGGUUUGUUGCAUGUGCAGUCAAGGGCGACGAGGAGAAUUGGUAUGAUGUUAGAUUGGAUGUUUAUAAUUUUCUCAAAAAUAAUGAAGUGUUUUUCAAAGACUACUAUGGCGGCGGGAAUUACAUAUAUCAAGUGAUGACAAGUGUGGCACAUUGGCAAAAUGGACCGGCACCGCUAAAUAAAUGGAUGACUAUUACGGACGUGGGAGUGGUCGUAGCAACAUGUUACAACGCUUUGGUGUUGUCGACAAGCAGUUCUGGAAAUCAGACGUAUUUGCCGCUUUUCUCCCCCGUUGGUGUUUCACAACUAUCGCACGAGAUGACUAUUGUAUACCUGGCGGAAGGGAGUCAUUUUGUGUAUGUGAAGUUGAAUGAUAAUUGUCCACUGCCUCCAUUUGACAUGCAGUGGCGGAGGUAUAGGAACGAUAGUGUAGCUUAUUUGGACGGUGUAGCUUAUUUGGACGAUGCAUUAGCGGGUAGACGUCAUUUGUGGGACGUUCUAAACAGUUGA